GCAUCCCAAACCAGGCUGGACCAGCAGCUCCCAGUUCCUCACCAGGGCAGAGGAAUCAGAGGUUAUUUUUAGGAUUUUUAAUCCAUCUUUAAAGGACCUUUAAAAAAUAUUUUUUAGAACAUUUUAAGAUCACUUUUUAAUCUGCUCCAGCUUACUUCCCCCUCUCCCCAAAAUUUCACCACGACUGUCGGCAUGUGACCUCAGUCAUCCGGAUUGGAGAAGUGCUGCUUCCCCAGAAUUGCCAUUGUCCCACUUUCGGGGCGGCUUUUUGGGGGUUUGGGGGGGGCUGGAGCAGCUCCUUUAUGGCCCAGGCUGGGGGAGCUGGGGCUGGUCCCACGGAGCACCUGAGCUGUUCACACGCAGCCACGGUGACUCUCCUGGUCCACCCUCAUCCUUCCAUGGAAAUUCUGUCGCUUUUUCCCCAACAAUACCUCAAAUAUCCAUGACCGUGCCUUUCAAAAGCCAUCUGCUUGACGUCAUUUCCGUCCCAACCACAUCCAAAGCCCCUCGCCCCACCCAGGCACAGAAAAACCAUCCAGGUUCUCUUCUUCUUCCUGUUUGUGGCACCGUUUUUGCGUGCUGAUGGCCCAAAAUCCUCUCCAUUUCCGGACGCCCAUGGACGUGUCUUGGAUCCCUCUUCUCGCCUUCCUCAUGCUCCUCCAGCAAACCGUGAGCGCCAGCGACACCGAGGACGUCUUCGGGGUCCUGGGUGGGUCCGUGACCUUCCGCAGCCACAACAGAGACAAGGAAGCAGCAUUCUGGAAUUUUGGGAAUGAUCCCAUCGUGACUGCAUCGUUUGAGGAUUCUUCUCCACCCAUAUUUUCAGUAGAAAAAUUCAAAACCCGUUUUGCUGUCUCCGAGAACGGCCGUGCUCUCAGCAUCUCCCUGCUGCAGAUGGAGGAUGCCGGGACCUACUCUGUAACCAUCGGCGGGAAGAAAUCCACCUUCACCCUCCAGGUGUUCAGGGAGCUGGCAGAGCCCACGGUGACCUGCGAGGCCCAGAACUGCUCGAGCGGGAUCUGCAGCUUCUCCCUGCGCUGCUCCGCGCGCGGCGCCGGCGUCGGGAACAUCUCCUACACCUGGAGGGUGCGGGAUCGGCUGUGGGGCGAGGGCUCGGUGCUGCUGUGGGGGAACGAAUCAGCCCGGGACCAGCCGGAGCCGCUGACGUGCACGGCACGGAACCCCGUCAGCAGCAGGAACGUCACCGUCAGCACCCCCGGCGUGCUCUGCUCCGGCGCCCUCUCCAGCAUCCAGGCCGGGGUCGGGGUCGGGGUCGGGGUCACAGCUGUGGUUGUAGCCGCGGUGCUUUUAUCGGUCUCCCUCUUGUUCUUCCGGAGAUCCAAAGGCUGGCAGAAAUUCCAUCUCUCCAAAUCCAAGCCUGCGGACACAGUUGCAGCGGCCACAGCCGAGUACACGACCGUGUACGCCGAGGUGGGCACCUCCCAGCUGCGCGUCCCUAAUGGAGUUAAAGCCGAGCCGGCGGACGGGGGAUCCCCCAAAACCAUUUAUUCCCUGGUCCAGUGUCUGGAGAAGGCGGACAAUGGGACGGCAGAAAAUGCCACCAGGACCGGCCUGGAGCUGGUCUAGAAGGACCUGGGACUGGUCUAGAAGGACCUCAAACUGGACUAGAAGGUCCCAGAACCGGCUUAAAGGGCAUGAAACUGGUUUAAAGGACAUAAAACUGAUUUAAAGGACAUGAAACUUUUCAGAACAUGAAACUGGCUUAAAAAAUCUGGACGUGAUUUGAAAGUCUGCAGCUGUUUUAGUGAGUCUGGACCUGGUUUACAAGAAACCAGGAUUGGUUUAGAAGAACCUGGAACUGGUUUAAAAGACCCAGAACUGGUUUAGAAGGGCCUGGAACUGGUUUAAAAGACCCAGAACUGGUUUAGAAGGGCCUGGAACUGGUUUAGCUCAGACAGAUGGACCCCACAAGGCGACUCUGGAACAGCUCCAGCGUCCCCGAUCCUGCUCUGGACCCGGAUCGUGCUGAUCUCGCCCUCCUGGGAUCUCCGCUUCUCCUCCUCAUUGGUGCUGCCUCAGUUUCCCUCUCAGCAGCCUCAGUUUGGGAUUUCAGGGAGGAUUUUUGGGAUCUCUCUCCAGACUUUUGGGGUCCAGGCUCCGUUUGCCACCCUCUCCCACCGGGAUCCUGGACUAAAACUCUGCCAAAGCUGCAGGGGCUUCAAGACAAGCUGGAGGAGGCUCCUAAAAGGCGUUUGCCAUGGAAUCCCGGAAUUCCCGAGGUUGGAAAAGCUCUCCAGGACCACCAGUUCCAGCCUGGGACCAAUCCUGCUCACCCAGACCAACAUCCAAUGGGUUCCUUGGACACCUCCAGGGACGAGGGCUCCACACCGGCCCCUUUUGGGUGGAAACCCUUUUUUUUUAAUUUUAAAAGGAAUCAUCUCAGGGAAUCUUUGGAAACUAUUAUUUGUAGAUGAUUUUUUUUUUUUUUGCAAACAACUUUUCCGUAAAUGAUUUUUGGCUUUUCUCUUCUGCUGCAUUCUGGGCCUUGCAAAUCUUCAGCUUCUGGCUUGGUCGAAAACAACCAAAAAUAACCCCAGGAAGCUGAAGAGAGAACAAGAAGCUUCCCCUGUAACAUCGGUGUGGUUUUGGCACCUGUUCCCUUCCCCCACCUCCAGAACUUUCUAAAUUGUGCAGCACCCACCCUCCCCCCGCAAAAAACCCCCAAACCUCAGCCACACCAACCCCUGCAGGGCCAGGAGCUGGGAUCUGGGAUCUGGGAUCUGGGAUCUGGGAUCUGGAAUUUGGGGUGGGUCUGAGGGAAAACGGGACAUGGAGAGCGACUUUGGUGUCUUUGGGUUUUAAUUUUGCGUGAGGGAUUUUUGCUGCACUGGGUGGAUUCCCAGCAGGAUUCUGGGCAUCCCAGCAGGAAUCCCGGCAGGAAUUUGGAAAUCCCAGCAGGAAUCUGGGAAUCCCAGCAGGAAUUUGGGGAUCCCAGAAGAAAUCCCAGCAGGAAUCUGGGAAUCCCAGCAGGAAUUUGGGAAUCCCAGAGGAAAUCCCAGCAGGAAUAUGCAGAUCCCAGCAGGAAUUUGGGCAUCCCAGUGGGAAUCCCAGCAGGAAUUUGGGGACCCCAGCAGGAAUCUGGGAAUCCCAGCAAUAAUUUGGGGAUCCCAGCAGGAAUUUGGGGAUCCCAGCAGGAAUCUCAACAGGAAUUUGGGGACCCCAGCAGGAAUCUGGGGAUCCCAGCAGGAAUCUCCAGGAGCAGAAUUCCUUUGGGAUGUGCGCCCUGCUGGGGGACAAGGACCCAACGGGGGGACACAGAACACGUUCCCCCUUUCCCUGCUCCCCAAAUCCACCUGGAAACGGCAGAAAUCUCCCCAAAACCACAACCUGGCCUGGAUUUUCCAGAAUGCCUCCGGAAUUCUGGGAAUUCCCUUCCCGCUGCUCUUUGUCUGUGCCUUGGUGAAUUAUUCACGGAUGGAACCGGAGCUGCCUUUGAUGUGUCUGGAAUAAAAAUUCCAGGCGCAUCCCAGGGCCCUUCCUGCCUGCACUUUAUUUUUUGGAAUAAAACCGGCAUUGCUGUGGAAUAA